AUACUAGUGUAGUUUUAGUUAUCCGUGCAGUAACAAUGACUUCUAAUAAAGUUUUAAUAACAAUAAUUUUAAUAUUUUUUAAAAUCUAUAAUGCAUUUGCCAUUCUAGCCGUAAAUAGAGAUCCUCCUAUUAAAAUAUGUGAUGAUUCAGUAAACGAGGAUGGAUGUGACGAAAAGUUAUAUACAGAUACUGCUUCCCAGCAAGAUGAUCACGAACCUUUACUUAAUCGUGCAUCACAAAAUCUUAAUGAAAAAAUAACAAAUGAAAGUAUUAAUAAAGAGUCUAAAAGUGAAAUAUGCAAUCAUUCAGUAAACAAACUUGGACGUAAAAAAAAAAAGGAAAACACUGAUCCUCUACCAGGUGAUUUACCGGAUGAUCGUCAACUUUUUCUAAAUCAUGCAUUACAAGAACUUAAUAAUAAUAUAAAAAAGGAUAAUGAUGAAAGGAAGAAAGAAGAUCCUCUUUUAUGUGAUGAUUCAGUAAACAAGGACGAACAGUUUUAUACAGAUACUGGUUCUCUGCCAGCUUAUAUAAACGAGUACUGCGAUGAUUUAAUAAAAAUAAAAUAUAAUGUGCCAUUUAGGACUCCAUUGCAAUAUUGUGAAUACCUCUAUGAACAGCGUAAGCUAAGAAUCGUAUUUUAAAUUAUAUUUCAUAAUAUAUUAUAGCAAUAAAAAAAAUAAUUGAUAAGUCGAGUUUAGUUUUUUAGUUUACAGAAGUUCGAUUAAUUUAUAUCCAUGUAGACAUAAAUUAGUUAUUGGCAUACAAUUUAUAUGAUAAUUUUGUAAAACUGUACAUUUUAAACUAUUAUAAUUCAUAGUCUUAAGACCGGGAGCUAAGCGUUGAAACAUUGAAAUGCAAAGCAAUGGUAUAUUUUUCAACAUUUUUGAAUUUUUAAUUUGAGAAACUAUCGUAAGCAAAUAUGAUUCAAUGCAUAACUGCUGUGAUUAUUUUGAAUGGUUGUAUCUAUCAAUACAUUUUCUUAAAAAAAUAUUUACUCAAAACUACAAACCAACUCGAUCAAUAUAAAUUUGAUUAUGUUUUAUAAUUUAUAUUGUUCCAAGUGCCAAGUAUAUAGUUAUGUACAGGUUGAUUCUUUUAUCAAACAACACUCAUUAUUUCAAAAAGUAUUGACUUUUUAAAUUUGUUUUACUGUUUUAGAAUUGUAGAACUCUUCCAUACUUUCACCCUUAUAUUUAUUAGGUAAACCACUAUCAAAUUUUGAUUUUCAAAUGACAACCAAUACUUAAAAUUUCAUAAAUUAAUAUGGUAUUUUUUUUUUAUGAAUUAGGUAUCACAUUCAAAUUUUCAUUUUUCGUUAAUCCGUUGAUAGCUUCUCAAAGUUGGAUAGUUUAAGGAAGUGUUUAUUGAGUGUGAAUGUGUUAUAACUCGUCAGUAGGUAGUUAGUUAUAAGUAGUAAUAUUAGUUCAAUUAAUUAUAAUUAUAUGACAAUUGAUAAUAAGCUAUAUGGGGUAGGUAGUAACAGCCAACAGAUACAAAUAUGUGGAAUCGUAAGCUCCUACACGGGAGUAACGGGUAGAUAAUUACAUACAUUAAAACCUACAUAUGUAAUGUGUAAGUUCCUAUACGAAAAAAAAGGUACGUAUGUUAGACAGGUUAGGUUUUGUCCUAGACAGAUGCAUGUGUAAGUUCCUACACCAGUACACUACGUAUAUUAUAAGUUAUCAAUCUAAUAUCAGUUAUAUCACAUAAUAAUAGCAUACAUUUUAAUAUUGUCAAACGGAAAACUGGUACGGUCUUUAUAAAUGCGGAAUACAGGUACGAUCUACAAUAGUCAAGGUUUCUCAAACUUUACAAAUAUUAUCACCACUAUCCGCUACACCAUGAUGUCAAUGAUAUCGAAUUGAUUAAGUUCUAUUACAGUAUUACAGCUACUGGAUUUUACAAAUAGAAGACCUAGAUCUGACGGUGCUAAUUAGUAUUGAUGUAUAACACCUAUAAACCUUCUAAAACCAACUAACUUUUAGAAGCUAUAAGUUAUAGCUUAUAAUUCGCCGACGGAUCAAAGUCAAAUAAUACAUAUUUAAUUUUAAAAAAACUGGCUAACAAGCUAAAAAAUGGAUACAGGAUAGGAUAUUGAAAAUCAUCUUUUUAAUACAUUGGCUGGGGCAAUGUGGUGCAGUGGUCACACAAGUUGGCCACGACGCGCGCAGUCACCAGUUCGAACCCGGCUCAGUGCAAAAAAUAUUCUACAGAAUUUUCUGUAGUCUCUCUCCCCAGCUGUCGUUCUGGUUGCCUACUCUGCCCCCCCCCCACCGGACCCACUCCACUGGGAGUGAAGUCCACUCACGUGAAUAUUCUCUUCCUAAGAGAAGGGGGUUCAAGUGCUACAUACUGCACUCUACCCCUCCCAAGCGAAAAA